AUGUCAGGGGCCCUGUGGAUGCUUCUCUGGGCCUUCUGGCGCUUCUGGUGGUGCGCGAGCGCGACCGGUCUAAUGGUGCACCGACACCGAGGGCUCCAGUGUCCCGGUUGGCUUGCCGGUGGUGGACAGCCCCGCUUGCUGGAGCUCUCAAGUCGUUGUCGCCUCGUCCCCGACGACCCCGCUGGCGACCCAUCUACCUGUCGAGCGGGUGACGGACUUUUGGGAGUCCUACGGUGGCAAUGUCAGACAACCAGGGCAGAGGCAUACCAGUCAAGUGGCGGAUCAACAACGGCAUGGCUUAUGGCUUGUUCGUGCCACGCGGUCGUGGCCGUGUUCAACAACCAAAGCACACCAGCACAGCACAGCGCAUGCACGGCAAGUAGCCGUGUCGUCGGGGGUGAAGUAGCCUCGGGGAACACAGAGUUCGGCGAUUGCCACCGAGAUUGGCUAGGACGUCCAUCUCGUACCACGCUGGCUUGUUGA